AGAUUUUCUUCUAUAAUAAAAUCUAAGGGUCUACGAAUGCCGUUUGAGAAAAAAGAAAAAUUGAGGGAAGAAUUGAAACGUGUUAAAGAGCAAUCACGCGCAAUAAAAGAACAAUUUCAGGUAGAGAAAGAAGCUAAGAAGGAGCGAAGACGAGAAAAUCUCAAACGAGCUGAAGAAAAUGCCAAAAAAAGUGAAAUUGUCCAAGUAAUAAAAAAUACUGCGAAGAUUAAGAGGAUGAAGAAAAAACAAUUACGGAUGAUUGAAAAACGCGAUACACUUAACUCAACAUCAUAA